AUACUAAGACUUAACGGAUCCACUUUUCCAAGGGAUGAGAUCAGUAAUCAUCAGCUCCCCUGAAGCAAAAUGUGAUUCCUGUUCUGGAUUCUGGACGCCUCAUACGUCUUUCGUAAUUAUGCUGAGUCGAAACCGGCUUAUGUAAAGAUGGCGUCUCCUCAUGUGGUGGAUCCCAGGUUGGAUCUUUAGAAUUUGUAUUGUAGACAGUGAAAUGAUACAAGUAUCUUUAAGGACAUUAUUGUACGAAACUAGCCGGGAUAACCCAUCAAGCCUGUCUUUCUUCACAUAACAAUUCCAUUUGUCUUCCUCACUCUCUCUGUCUCUGUGCUCUCAAAUUGAACGCCAUGUACAACCAAGCUCCUAAUUGCCUUGUCGUCGACAACGACAUCAAUGACGACAAUUCGGUGGUUUCUCUCCACCCAGAGACCAUGAAGAAGCUCCAGCUCUUCCGCGGCGACACCAUCUGUGUCAAGGGGAAGAAAAGGAAAGAUACUGUUUGCAUUGCUCUUGCUGAUGACACUUGCGAGGAGCCUAAGAUACGGAUGAACAAAGUGGUGAGACAAAACCUGAGGGUUAGACUGGGGGAUGUUGUUUCUGUGCAUCAAUGUCGUGAUGUCAAGUAUGGAAAGCAGGUUCACAUACUUCCUGUGGAUGACACCAUUGAAGGGAUUACUGGAAAUCUCUUUGAUGCAUUUUUGAAGCCUUACUUCCUGGAGGCAUAUCGCCCUGUGAGGAAAGGUGAUCUGUUCCUUGUUAGAGGAGGAAUGAGAAGUGUCGAGUUCAAGGUUAUUGAGACCGAUCCUGCCGAGUAUUGUGUUGUUGCCCCGGAUACAGAGAUCUUCUGCGAGGGAGAACCUGUGAGGAGGGAGGAUGAGAAUAGAUUAGAUGAGGUUGGUUACGAUGAUGUUGGUGGUGUUAGGAAGCAAAUGGCUCAAAUUAGGGAGCUGGUAGAGCUGCCAUUGAGACAUCCACAAUUAUUUGAAUCAAUUGGUGUGAAACCGCCUAAAGGAGCCCUGCUGUAUGGACCUCCUGGAUCUGGGAAAACCCUCAUUGCUAGGGCAGUUGCAAAUGAAACUGUUGCCUUCUUUGUCUUUAUCAAUGGACCAGAGAUCAUGUCAAAGGCAGCUGGUGAAAGUGAAAGCAAUCUCAGGAAAGCUUUUGAGGAAGCAGAGAAAUAUGCACCUUCCAUCAUCUUUAUUGAUAAUAUCGAUUCAAUUGCCCCAAAGCAAGAGAAGACUCAUGGAGAAGUCGAGAGCAGGAUCUUUUCUCAGCUGCUAACACUCAUGGAUGGUUUGAAAUCUCAUGCCCAAGUCAUGGUUAUCGGAGCUACUAAUCGGCCAAACAGCAUUGACCCAGCUUUGAGAAGAUCUCGGAGAUUUGACAAGGAAAUCAAUAUUGGAAUUCCAGACGAAGUUGGGCGGCUUGAAGUCCUCCGCAUUCAUACAAAGAACAUGAAGCUUGCUGAAGAUUUUGAUCUGAUAAGAAUUGCUGAGAGCACGCAUGGCUAUGUUGGUGCUGAUCUGGCUGCUCUAUGCACUGAAGCUGGACUUCAGUGCAUCAGAGAGAAGACGGAUGUCAUUGAUUUGAAAGAUGAGUCAAUUCAUGCGGAGAUACUCAACUCCAUGGCAGUUACAAAUAAGCACUUCGUAACUGCUCUUGGAGCAAUCAAUCCAUCUGCUCUCCCUCAGACAGUGGUUGAAGUGCCAGAAGUGAGCGGGGAAGAUACUGAAGGUCUUGAGAGUGUUAAAAGGGAGCUUCGAAAGGUAUGGUUAUUUGUGUUCUUUUGUUUUUUGUGUGUGCUUCUAUCAUUUGUGAGGUCUUGAGAAUGUUAAAAUAUGUUAUGUGUCACUUUUUUCGUCAGUCGAGUGUGGAAAUGUAUAGGUUUUGGGACCCUGUGCACCAUGUCUGUGUUAGGCAUGCGACAGCGAGGGGCUCGCAUGAAUUUCAUCUCUUCACGUGAUUGUUC